CUCAAGUGCUUACAAGGUGUGGAUAUGCCCCGCGCGGCAAAUCUUGGAUCGAAGUACCUAUAUAGCCGCCGUCAUGUUUGUGAUACCUUUAUCGCAUGUUCAAGUUUCUGCUGUAAUCGUUCCGCCGGUGUUGUCCACUGUUGAAUCCACUCUCCCAUUAAGCUCGCGUUUGGAUUUAUCGUAGACGACGACAACAUGUUGGUCCUCUACGCGGCUUUGCCCCUGGGCGCUCUUGCAGUGGCGAUAAGAGCAGGGCAGGGCCAGGGCAGCUCGAAGGCUGCUUUACUGCCGUUCGAAACUAAACAGCUCAGCGAUAGCACAGUCGCCGACCUGGCCGAUCAAAAUCCGGAUGACGCGAGUAUUUUCGACUUCGGAGAUGCCAACUCUGCUGGCCCAAGCGUUGUACCAGAAACUGGCUGUAAGGCAUUCCCAGGCGAAAGCUACUGGCCAUCAGAGAAACAGUGGUCGCUGCUUGCGAACCUGACAGGCGAGUCUCUCAUCAAGGCAGUGCCGUCUGCUGCGGUUUGUUAUGCCGACUGGCCACAAUAUGAUGUUGAAGAAUGCGCCUCUGUCACAGGGAAAUUUGGGACGCCGAGAUUCCAGGCAUAUGAACCAACUGGACUUGACUGGCCCCUGUUUGAGGGCCUAUCAUGCCUGCCUCCCAACAUGACAAGACCGGGAGCAACUUGCACGCUUGGGGGACUGCCUUCGUAUGUCAUGAACGCCACCGACGUGGAGAAGAUACAACUCGCGGUCAACUUCGCCAGAAAUCUCAACCUGCGUCUCGUUGUCAAGAACAAGGGCCACGACUUCAACGCCAAGUCUACUGGUGCUGGAGCACUUACAGUUUGGACCACCUACCUCCAGGACAUCGUCUUCCUCGGCGAAGAUUACAGGUAUGGCACCGGGUAUACGGGCCCAGCCUUCAAACUUGGCUCCGGGGUAGAGGCGAUCCAAGUAUAUGAAGCUGCUGACGCAUUGAACUUACAUGUUGUGGGAGGAAUUGCGCGCACCGUUGGCCUGGCUGGAGGGUAUUCUGCCGCAGCUGGCCACUCCCCGUUAAUGGGUAAGUACGGCCUGGCUGCUGAUCAGAUAUUGUCCCUGGAGGUUGUAUUGCCGAACGGGCGAUUUGUUCAUGUCGACUCUGAGAACAACCCCGAUCUCUACUUUGCCCUCCGGGGAGGCGGUGGCAGCACAUACGGCGUUGUCACCUCAAUCGUCGUCGCUGCGUAUCCCAAACAGCCUGUCACGACACUCACAUACACAUUCGGUACCAGUCAAGGGAUCGGCAUCGAAACAUUUUGGAGUGGAAUUGAUGCUUUCUGGGCAACGUUCCCGACCAACGCAGACGCCGGGAUCUACAGCUACUGGUACAUAAUGUGCCCAAGCAAGGAGACAUGCUCAUUCCUGAUGCUGCCACAAUGGGGAAACAACAUGUCGGCCGCUGAUCUUCGCCCCUUCAACGAGCCGCUAUUCAAAAACCUCGACAGCCUCGGGAUUCAGCCCGAGAACGUAAGCUACGUCGAGUACCCGGGGCUCCUCGACGCCUUUACGAACACAUUCCCCGCCGCGAGCGAGGGUGCAGGCAUCUGGAGCUUCCACACAGCCUCCCGGCUGUUCCCCCGGUCCAACUGGGACGACGCGGACGCACUGUCCCGGCAGUCGAGCGGCGUCCGCGCCGCGAUAGAGGCCACCGGGCUGAUGGUGGGUUACAACUUCAAGCCGGCGGACAACCCGCGGGUCAACCAGACCAACGCAGUGACCCACGCGUGGCGCGACACUCUAUUCUUCGCGAUGUGUUCUGCAAACUACAACCUCACCGCAACGCCGGAGGACAUCGCGGAGGCGAACAAGGACCUGGUCGAGCUGCUGCAGCCGUGGAGGGAGGCGAGUCCCGGGGCUGGGACGUACAUGAACGAGGCGGACAUCAACGAGCCCGACUGGCAACAGGCGUUUUAUGGGGAUAACUAUGGAUAUCUGUAUGAGCUGAAGCAGAAGUAUGAUCCUUGGGGGUUGUUCUACGCGCCCACGGCGGUGGGGAGUGAGGACUGGCAUGUUACUGGUCAGAUUGAGUACUAUCCGACAGCGAAUGGGAAGUUGUGUCUGUCGGCCUGAUCUGGGAAUAUUUGGUGAGGACAACGAGUGUAGCACGCAGUUUUCCUCAAACAACGUACAUAUGCAGAUGUUUGAAGGUCAACUAUUUGCAGCAUUGGAGCUCUAAAACGCUGGGUGAGCAUGCAGGUCCGCCCCUUGUUUUACA